GCCAUUUAUUAGCUGUGUGAUAUUAAGCAAUUUAAUCAAUCUGUGCCUAACUUUCCUCAUAUAAAAAAUAGGAAUAAUAAUAGUACUUACCUGAUAGGACAUUGCAAGGAUUAAGUGAGUUAUUUAAAGCACUUAAAUACAGUGCCUGACACAUAGUAAGUACUCUGUAAUCAUUAGCUAUUGUCACUUGGACAAACACUUCUGCUGUCAUAGUGAAGUGGUAUCUGCUUGAUUUGUUUCUUGUUUGUUCAACAGAAAACGUCCUGAUGUUAUAACAACAACUGACUGGCUUGCUCCAAUCAUAUGGGAAGGAACUUACAAUAGACAGGUCCUGGAAAAAUAUUACAGAAGACUGAACAUUACCAUAGGCUUGGCUGUAUUUGCUGCUGUAGAGUAGGUGCUACUAAUAUUUGUCCUUUUUCUACAUCCAAAGACCUACUUAUAAUUAACAUUAACUUUUAUUUCUACCUGUCUUGUAUAAUAAUUUAUAGUGGGUAUUUUCUCCAACCUUGUCUCAGUCUUUAACACUACUUGGGAACCGUUUUAUUAAUAUCCAUUCAGCUCUCUUUUCCUUGUGCCACAACAGUUGUCCCAAAACCCUAUGGCUCUUCUCAGGCCCCCUAGCUCACUACGUUCUCUUUCAUUAACCAAUACAAUUGAAUCUAUGGACUCAGAUUCUCUACCUACUGGUAGUUCUUUAGCAUCAGUGACACAUACGUUAGAGAGCAUGUUUAAAUGGCAUGGAUUUGCCUGGUGAUUUUUAGCAAAAUAUGUUUUUUUCUGCUUUUGUCAUGUUUCACAGGUUUGAAGAUCAAUACCUGAAACAGUUCAUACAGUCUGCUGAUAAGCACUUUAUGCAUGGCUACAAUGUUAUCUUUUACAUCAUGAUGGAUGAGCCUUCCAGGCUACCUCGCAUAGAGUUAGGUCCUCUUCAUACAUUUAAACUAUGUGUAAUAUUCUAUGAAAACACAUGGCAAGACUUUAAUCUCAUACCCAUGAAGAAUUUAGGUGUGUCCAUCUUAAGUCACAUGCAGGAUGAAGUCAACUUUCUCUUCGUCAUGACUAUAAACUAGAUCUUUAAGAAUGAUUUUGGAGUAGAAACCCUUGGAAAGUCAGUAGCUCAACUCCAUGCAUGGUGGUAUUUUAAAAAUGCUAACUAUUUCCCUUGUGAGAGAAAUUCCAAAUCAGCAGCUUUCAUCCCCUUUGGACAGGGAGAUUUCUAUUACCAUAGCGUAAUUUUUGGUGGGAUUCCUGAGGAAGUUUUAAAACUCAUUGAAGAAAAUCAAAAAGGAAUUAUUCAUGACACCAAAAAAGAACUUACCAGCAUAUAUGAAAGCCACUUAAACAAAUAUUUUUUUCUCCAUAAACCCACUAAACUGUUAUCACCAGAAUACAAUUGGGAUCCAAAUUUUCGUACUCCUCCACAAAUUAAACAUAUUCAGAUAGCAUGGCAGUCAGAAAAGAUUUGAUGACUAUACCAUAAAGUUUAUGAAUUAAUAAGUGAAUCACAAUUCUUCAUAAAUACAAAAUUUAUUAAAUGUUUCAGUUUUUUAGAGAUUUAUAAAAUGUACAGCCUUCCAAAAUAAUUUUUCUCCUUACAACUUUGAAUCAUCUAAUUCUAGUAAUG